UGUUUGGGAGACACGCAGUACGCACAGCCGCCAUCAUGAGUUCAGAAUCCCUCGUCUUCAAGGGCUCGCUUGCCGGGCACAAGGGCUGGAUCACGGCUAUCGCCACCAGCAGCGAGAACCCGGACAUGCUUCUGACCGCCUCGCGUGACAAGACCAUCAUUGUCUGGCAACUGACUCGGGAGGACAACCACGGCUUCCCCAAGAAGAUCCUUCACGGCCACAACCACUUUGUCUCUGACAUCGUGAUUUCUUCUGACGGCCAGUUCGCUCUUUCGUCAUCUUGGGACAAGACUUUGCGUCUUUGGGACCUCAACACUGGUGCGACCGCCCGCCGCUUCGUCGGCCACACUUCUGAUGUGCUCAGCGUCAGUUUCUCUGCUGACAACAGGCAGAUUGUCAGUGCUAGCAGGGACCGGACCAUCAAGCUCUGGAACACUCUUGGAGAAUGCAAGUUCAACAUUACUGAUGACGGUCACUCGGAGUGGGUCAGCUGCGUCAGGUUCAGCCCGAACCCGAGCAACCCAGUCAUUGUCAGCGCUGGUUGGGACAAGGUAGUCAAGGUCUGGGAACUGUCGAAGUGCAAGUUAAAGGCAAACCACUUCGGCCACACUGGCUACAUCAACACUGUCACUAUCUCACCGGAUGGCUCGCUCUGCGCGUCCGGUGGAAAGGACGGCAUCACCAUGCUGUGGGAGCUUUCGGAGGACAAGCACCUCUACUCGCUCGAGGCUGGUGAUGUUGUGAACGCCCUCGUCUUCUCGCCCAACCGAUACUGGCUGUGUGCGGCGACUGCAUCCUGCAUCAAGAUCUUCGACCUCGAGAGCAAGAGCAUCGUUGACGAGCUCAAGCCCGAGUUCACCGGCGUUGGCAAGGACAGCAAGGACCCAGAGUGCCUCAGCUUGGCAUGGAGCGCCGACGGCCAGACACUCUUCGCUGGCUACUCUGACAACAUCAUCAGGAUCUUCACCGUUCUGUAAUAAUUGGGCGACCAAUUCACACAGGCGAACCUGUACGGCACACGAAUGCGAAAUCUUGUGCAUGCUACCGAUGAUUCUUUGGGGUGUCGCGGGACGGAGAACGGACGUGCCCACAAAAGCUUGCUGCAUUGGGUAGGGGCUCCGCCAGCCCCACGCGCGACCGUUGGUUGCUUUUUCCGCAAUGUAUAGCAUAGUUUGCAAUUAUGAACUGCAUGAGACUCGCAUCAUUUCUUGGAUGGCG